AUGAAAAUUAGGCUCAUUACAAAUGGAAAAGAUAGAUAAAUCAAAUUAUAAUGUUUAGAUUUACUAAAUUAGAAAAUGAAGAGAUCUCAUUCGUAUGAUUUACCUUACAUAACCGUCCUGUCAUCAGGUUAAUAGUUGAAAAAGUAACCCAAAUCUAAAACUAUGUUGUUGAUAGCAAAUUCUUCAAAUUAUGGAAAUUCAGCAAGGAAAUCAUUGAAAUCUGAGAAACAUGAUUUAAUGGAUGCAAUAUCAUUGGCGAGUCAAUUAAUAUAAGAAGCCCCUCCAUAAAAAACAAAUAUUAGAAGAGCCAGUUAAUAUGAUUAUAUUAGUCUAAAGUAAAGAAGACUAGAUAGUUUUGCUCCGCUCGUUUUUGUAUAAUAACAUUCUCAAGAGGCGAUGAUACGUAAGAAGAAAAAAUUAACUCAAAGAAAAAUGCAGUAUAAAUUUAUGAAAAGGUCAAUGCUAAGGAAGCAACAAAGGGUUUAACGUAGUAAGAGUGCUUUGUUGCCAUAAUAAAUAAAAAUCAAGCAUAAGAGGGCUAAGACAGUUAUGGAUUAAUUAUACCAAGGGCCAAUAUUAAGACUGGAUACUGAAUUGGAAAAAAAAAUUAGAAUGUUAGUCUAUUCAUAAAGAUGUUCUCGUUUAAUCUUGAAAAGGAAGACAUUUAUACAAGAGCCUCAAAACAACAUAUUUGUUUCAAGAGAUAAGUUGUUGAGAUAUCAAGAGGUGAUGGCUAAUAAAUUUGUAAAACUUAUAAAUAAAUGCAUAUAGGAUUAAGCAGAUUCCUCUUGUGACUCUUCUCCUUAGAUAAUGACUAAGAUUCAAUUUAAGAAGACAUAAUUUAGUAAGAUAUAGGUUGGGGAGAAUACAAUAAGUUAAUAUCUGACUCCCAGAUUACAAAGUGACUGCAAUCUCAAUAUUUUCAGUAGGAAUGCCUCUCAUAGUGUGAUUGCUCAAUACGUUCAAAAUUAUAUAGAUAAAAAUAAGGCAUAAAAGAGAAGUGUUCGUGGAUAAUAAAAAUUGGCUAUGAUUAACCAGCCAAGUCUAAAUGAAUUCAACAAAUAAUUUUUGGCUCAAAAGAGGAGUGUAGAUGUUGGAAGAAUUUCUUCGUAAUUGAAAUUAUCUAGAUCAUAGGAUAAUGGCAAUAAAUAGAUUUAGUUAAAUUAGAAACAGAGUUAGUUUAUCAAUAAACAAAAAAAUAUUAUGAUUUAGUAAAAAUCAGACUCCUAAUUCAAUUAGAAUAUCAGGAUUAGGACAUUGCCUAGUGAUAUAAGUUUGAGUAAAAGUAAAAUCAGUUUGUAAUAAAGGUUGAGACCUUAUCUCAAAUGA